CAACCCUAUUCUAUCGUAAAGUGCGUUCUUUGUCUUCUCCCAUUAGUGGAAAUCCACUCAAUCAGACGGCCAUUGUCGCUUCAUCUGUCUCCUACUCAUCUCAACCUCCAUUUCUUCUCUUUCUUUGUCGCGGCUCACUCGUGUGGUAUUCCUUCGCUUGAUAAAACUGAAUCACCUUGUGAAAAAGGAGCAGCCUUUCAUACAUAAUCGGCUGCGCGGUUUUGAUCAAUUUCAAAAGCUUAGCGACAGAUUGGAACCACAAUGGCAGAUGUGGUUAAGGAUUUAACUUCCGGGACCAUUGGAGGUGCAGCACAAUUGAUUGUUGGGCAUCCUUUUGACACAAUAAAAGUCAAGCUGCAAAGCCAGCCAGUCCCCCUUCCCGGACAACUUCCUAAGUAUUCUGGUGCAAUGGAUGCUGUUAAGCAGACAAUUGCAGCAGAAGGCGCAAGGGGUUUAUACAAAGGGAUGGGAGCUCCACUUGCCACCGUUGCAGCUUUCAAUGCCGUCUUGUUUACUGUAAGAGGACAAAUGGAGGCUUUGCUGAGGUCUGAACCAGGAGUCCCUCUCACAGUGCAGCAGCAGGUCAUAUGUGGUGCUGGUGCUGGAGUUGCUGUUUCUUUUCUUGCAUGCCCAACAGAGUUAAUCAAGUGCAGAUUGCAGGCACAAAGUGCUUUAUCAUCCUCAGCCGCAACAGGCGCCGUUAAGUAUGGCGGACCCAUGGAUGUGGCAAGGCAUGUUCUGAGAUCCGAAGGUGGCCUAAGAGGCUUAUUCAAAGGUCUGGUUCCGACCUUAGCAAGAGAGGUACCUGGAAAUGCUGCAAUGUUUGGUGUCUACGAAGCCCUCAAGAAGACCUUGGCCGGUGGCCCAGACACCUCAAAGCUUGGUCGUGGCUCGCUGAUUGUAGCCGGAGGAUUGGCCGGUGCUUCUUUCUGGGCAUUUGUGUAUCCGACUGAUGUCGUUAAGAGUGUGAUUCAGGUGGAUGACUAUCGAAACCCAAAAUUUUCUGGCUCUAUUAAUGCCUUCAAGAAGAUCUUUGCAACAGAAGGUGUCAAGGGACUGUACAAAGGCUUUGGUCCUGCUAUGGCGAGAAGUGUUCCUGCCAAUGCCAAUUGA